AUGGGGGGUAUGGGGAAAAAAAAAAAAUCGAAGAAACAAAAGAAUUGUAUGGGAAGAAGUUUAAUGCACAAUAAGUUAAAUCAAAAAGAAAAAUCAGAUAUAAUAUUAUAUUCUAAAAUUGGAUAUGAAAAUGAGGAAAAUAAAAAUGUAAGCAAACAAAUAUCAGUUUUAAAUAAAGACCCAAUUGACGAUUAUUUGGAUAAUCAGCUUGCAAUUAGCAAUGUACAAGUUAGUAAAGUAUUUAUACAAAAAAAUGAAAUUAAAGAAAAAAAAAAUACAAAAUCUCAAAAUAAUCAAUAUCGAAGUGAUAUUCAAAAUAUUGUUCUCCCUAUACCUGGUAGACCCAUACUUUUAAAUGAUGAAGAAAAACUAAAUAUAAAUUUGAAAAAAAAGAAUAUAAAUAAAUUGAAAAAAAAAAAAAAAAAUAUUAAACACAUUACAUUUUUGAUGAAAGGAAAGAAUCUAAUGCCAAUAAAUCCAAAGACAUCCCAUUUUCCCCAUAAAUCAAAGCCACUUGUCGACCCAGAUACAUCCAACCACUCCAGUAAACCUCAUUCUGAUCAGCAAUUUUUGGAGAUAGAUGGAAAUAUUGAAGUGGAUGGAAAUGAUGAAAUAGGUGGAAAUGAUGAAGUGGAUGGAAAUGAUGAAGUGGAUGGAAAUGAUGAAAUAGGUGGAAAUGAUGAAGUGGAUGGAAAUGAUGAAGUGGAUGGAAAUGAUGAAGUGGAUGGAAAUGAUGAAGUGGAUGGAAAUGAUGAAUUAGGUGAAGAAGGGGAGAAGUACGAACUAAAGUACAUAAAGAUGUACGAAAUUUUGGGUAAAAAAUAUGAAAGAAAGGAGCUUAAAAAUGAACUAAAUAAAACAAAACUAGAAAAAUAUGAAUUAGAACAUUUUGUAAAUUGGAGAAAAUUGUUAAGUCAAGUAGAAGAAAAAGAAGGAUACAUUGUAACCCCAUAUGAAAAAAAUAUAGAAUAUUGGAAACAAUUAUGGAGAGUUAUAGAAAAAAGUCAUGUCUUAUUUUAUAUUAUUGAUGCAAGAAAUCCUUUAUUUUUUUAUUCUAAAGGAUUAGAUAUAUAUGUAAAAAAAGUUGAUAAAAGAAAAGAAUUUAUUGUUAUAUUAAAUAAAUCUGAUUUUUUAACUUAUGAAGAAAGGAAAAUAUGGGCUGAAUAUUUUUAUAAAAAAAAAAUCCGAUUCAUUUUUUUUUCUGCCUUAAGAGAGUUAUACCAUCAAAAUCAAAUAAUAAUCGAAUAUAUCCCUCCUUCGUUAAAUGGCUAUAAACAUACCCCAAAUAGUAAUCGAUUUAAUUUAAAUAAUAAAAUAGAAAGUAAAAUGUUUUACAACGAAUACGAAAGUAGUUGUAGUGCAGAUUGCAAUUCCCCAAAACGGAUUUAUGAGACAGGGAGUGAAACGGGUAGUGAAAAUGAAACAAAUAGCGAAACGAAUAGCAAAAGUGAAAGUAAAAAUGAAAGUGAAAAUGAAACAAAUAGCGAAGCGAAUAGCAAAAGGGGCAGCGAAAACAAAAAGGUAAUAGAUACAGGGUAUGGAAAUUUAAGUUAUGAAGAAAAAAAAAAUGCAAAUACAGACAUAUUAAGUGUAAAAGACUUAAUAAAUUUAAUUAAAAACAUAAAAAAUAAAAUAAAAAAUUUAUAUAAUAAUAUAGAAGUAGAAACAUAUGAUUCGCCAAAGUUUAUGGUCGGCUUUAUUGGAUUUCCUAAUGUUGGAAAAAGUUCGAUAAUUAAUUCUAUAUUUGGAGAAAAAAAGGUUGGGGUCAGUAGGCAACCAGGAAAAACUAAACAUUUUCAAACAAUAUCGCUAAAUGAGUAUGGUUUUACAUUAUGUGAUUGCCCCGGUAUUAUAUUUCCUUCAAUUGUUUUUAAUAAACAUGAUUUAGUAAUUAAUGGGGUUUUUUCUAUUGAUAAUUAUAAAGGAGAUGGUGUAGAUGUUAUUCAAACCCUUUGUAAUAUAAUUCCUGAACAACUAUGUGAAAGAUAUAAAAUAAAGAAUAGUCUUAUUCGUUCUAUUCAAAUUAAUAAAAAUUGUGAUGUUAAUAUUCAAAAUAAAACAUCAACGUACAAAUAUAUGAAUGCUCGUGAGUUCUUAAAUGAGUUUUGUUUUCAUAGAAAAUAUAUUUCAGGGGGCAAAGGUGGAAUUUUAAAUUUUAAUUUUGCUACUCGAUUAAUUGUACAGGAAUUUAUAGCAGGAAAGCUUCUUUACAAUUUUAUGCCAAAUUAUUUGGAUAAAUAUUCUUAUGUAUAUAACAAAGAAAUACAAUCUCAUCUCGACACUUCGGAGCCCCCAUUGAGCAUUGACGACCUCUCCAAGGAGCCAAAUCCGUCUGAAGAUGUCAUGGUCACUAAGCGAAAAUUUCGAUACAUGAAAAAGCGACUAAUAAAAGGGAAAAAUGUGAUAAAGACUCCGAUAAAUGGAUGA